CGGUUAGAAAAAUCCUUCCUGCUGUCCUAUGGAUAGUUAAACGCUUAUUGGGCGUUUACUGUGGCAUGGGCACCACCUUCUACCUUUAUUAUAGAUUAAUUAAUUUUAUUCUCUCGGCUCUUUAGGGUAGGGACUGUUACUUGCUUAUUUUAAGAAGAGUAUACUGAGACACAGCAAUAAAGGUAACUUGCCCACGAUCUUACAGUGUUGGAGCAGGAUAUGAAGCCUGGCCAGCUGACAUCAGCCUGGCCUCCUGGGGACGUAAGACCCUGGACAUCGCGGAGAACGAGAUGCCAGGCCUGAUGCGCAUGCGGGAGAUGUACUCGGCCUCCAAGCCACUGAAGGGCGCCCGCAUCGCAGGCUGCCUGCACAUGACCGUGGAGACAGCCGUCCUCAUUGAGACCCUCGUUGCCCUGGGUGCUGAGGUGCAGUGGUCCAGCUGCAACAUCUUCUCUACCCAGGACCAUGCAGCGGCUGCCAUUGCCAAGGCUGGCAUUCCAGUGUAUGCCUGGAAGGGUGAAACAGAUGAGGAGUACGUGUGGUGCAUUGAGCAGACGCUGUACUUCAAGGAUGGCCCCCUCAACAUGAUUCUGGACGAUGGCGGUGACCUCACCAACCUUGUCCACACCAAGUACCCGCAGCUCCUGUCGGGCAUCCGAGGCAUCUCUGAGGAGACCACGACGGGGGUCCACAACCUAUACAAGAUGAUGGCCAACGGGAUCCUGAAGGUGCCUGCCAUUAACGUCAACGACUCCGUCACCAAGAGCAAGUUUGACAACCUCUAUGGCUGCCGAGAGUCCCUCAUAGAUGGCAUCAAGCGGGCCACAGACGUGAUGAUUGCGGGCAAGGUGGCAGUGGUAGCGGGCUAUGGCGACGUGGGCAAGGGCUGUGCCCAGGCCCUGAGGGGUUUUGGGGCCCGCGUCAUCAUCACGGAGAUCGACCCCAUCAACGCACUGCAGGCUGCCAUGGAGGGCUAUGAGGUGACCACCAUGGAUGAGGCCUGUCAGGAGGGCAACAUCUUUGUCACCACCACGGGCUGUAUUGACAUCAUCCUCGGCCGGCACUUUGAGCAGAUGAAGGAUGAUGCCAUUGUGUGUAACAUUGGACACUUUGAUGUGGAGAUUGAUGUCAAGUGGCUGAAUGAGAACGCUGUGCAGAAGGUGAACAUCAAGCCUCAGGUGGAUCGCUACUGGCUGAAGAAUGGGCGCCGUAUCAUCUUGCUGGCUGAGGGCCGGCUGGUCAACCUGGGCUGCGCCAUGGGCCACCCCAGCUUUGUGAUGAGCAACUCCUUCACCAACCAGGUGCUGGCGCAGAUCGAGCUGUGGACCCACCCAGACAAGUACUCUAUUGGGGUCCACUUCCUGCCCAAGAAGCUGGAUGAAGCAGUGGCUGAAGCCCACCUGGGCAAGUUGAACGUGAAGCUGACCAAGCUGACUGAGAAGCAAGCCCAGUACCUGGGCAUGUCCCGUGAUGGCCCCUUCAAGCCUGAUCACUACCGCUACUGAGAAUCAGGGCUGCCCUUAGCCUUCCAGCUGCUGCCCUGGCCCGGAUCCCACGUCUCCUCCCCAAGAACAAUGGCACCAACUUUGAGCUUGCUUUGUUAAUGUCCCCCAUCAACUCCCUGGGGGUGGUCACUCAGUCUUUGGCCUCCGCUGCACCCCUCAUACUCUUCUAAGUUUGGCAGGGGGAAUUGAGAAGCCCUUCUUCAAGCCCUGGUCACGAUGGAGGUACACGGGAGAUAACCGCAGGGAACCAUGAGCUCAGGGGUUUUGGAACUGCUCACUCAGUCAGUCCUCCUUUAGGCUGGAAGUCAGCAGCCCAUCCACUUUACCAUCUGGGCCCUCACCUGGCUUAUGGACUUUAUACUCAUGUUCUUGGCUUACAGGUUCACUGGUUCCUCAGCCCAUGACAGAUGAGAAGGACCUACAUCAAAGGGCAGGGAGGAACUGUUGGAGUUUGAAUGUUCCUAAGAGCUUGGCUUAGUGCUGGACAUUCUCUUAAACCUCAGAACAAUGAGCUUGGUACUUUCAGUCCCUAUUUUACAGGGGUUAGAAUGUACUGUUAAGGGAUAGUCAAGAAAGGAUAAGAAAAGUGACAGCCAGAGGUUGAGAAGGCCCAGAGAAACAUAAAAGCAGGCAUAGAUCUGCCACCACAUUGUAACAUGAUGGUUCCCAUCACAACCCUGGAUCAAAAAGAGAGUAAUUUGUUCUAUAAUGUUUAUGUAUGAUGUUUAUAAUGUUAAAAGAGAGCAGGAAAGUGGGUAAAUAAAGAUUUUGGUGCCUAAAAGAA